UAGAGUCAGGAUCCGGGGCAAACUAGCUAGUGGGCUUCAAUGGGGGUGAUCCUUUUCCACUCCUAUAUAGCGGCUUCACAAGACGGAUUCCAUGCCAUGCCAUGCGCCGCCCGUAUUUGUCCAGCUUCCUCCAACAUCCCUCCUUGCCACCCACCCAUAUAUUACUAACACACCACGUCGCUACGUGCACCAGAGAGAGUCGGAAACCCCACACAUAUAUAUCCGGCUUAUAAUUAUACAUGGAUCUUCCCGGCGGCACCGGGACGGAUGCAAGAAACGGUUCGGACCCGGCCGCCAUGGAAGCCAACUCCGCCUCCGUCGCCGUUCCUUUACUACUGAACCCUGCGUACGCCCGCACCAAGUCCAUCGUCCACGACGAGCUCCGCAACUUCCGCAUCUGCCUGAAAUGGUGCGCCCUCGACCACUCCUCCUGCGGCGGCAGGGCCGCCUCCUACGCCACCUUCGUGGCGCUGGCCGUCGUCCUUCCCGCCGCCACCUCCCUCUCCGUCCGUCCCCCGCCCUCCGCCGCCGCGAUGCCCUUGUACCAGCUGGUCCAGCUCCCGGAGUCGGGCCUCGCGGCCAUCUCCUUCCUGACCCUCGCCGCCUUCUUCCGCCGGCACGGCCUCCGGCAGCUUCUCUUCCUGGACGGCGCCCUCCGCGACGACUCCGCCUUCGUCCGCCGCGGCUACAACCGGGAGCUGGACCGCGCUUUCCGCCACCUCGCCGCCAUCCUCCUACCCUCCUUCUCCGUGGAGCUCGCCCACAAGAUCCUCUUCUUCUCCUCCGUCCCCGUGUCUGCCCGGCUCCCGUUCCGGGCGCCCAUCCCCUGGAACUCGGUGGCCUUCGUGGCCACGCUGGCGUCCUGGGUGUACCGCACGGGGGUGUUCCUGCUGGUCUGCGUGCUCUUCCGUCUCACCUGCGAGCUCCAGAUCCUCCGCUUCGAGGGCUUCUACAGGAUGUUCGACGAGGGGGAGGGAGCCGGAGUCGAGCAUCGGAGGAGUGGUAAUUACGCCUGGGCCAUAUUCAAGGAGCACCUGAGGAUAAAGAGGCAGCUCCUGGAGACCAGCCACAGGUACCGCAUCUUCAUCAUCGGCUGCUUGGUCAUCAUCUCGGUCAGCCAAUUGGGGGCUCUCAUGCUCGUCUUGGCUUCCAAAUCCCAGAAGAACUUCUGCAAUUCGGGGGACCUCGUGGUUUGUUCGGCGGUUCAGAUCAGUGGCUUCUUCAUGUGCUUGUUAGGAGCCGCCAGGAUCACUCACAGAGCUCAGAGGGUUGUCUCGGUGGCCAGCCGAUGGCACACGAUCACGUCAUGCGCCCCCCGGUGCCCGUCGGAUGCAUCGCAGCUGCAGAAGCAAACACCAGCACCGCCCAUAAAUGAGCACCAUGCAUCAGAUGCUGGUGACUGCGAACGCAACCUAUCCAAAGAACCCAUCAUGUCUUCCUCCCAUCCAGGUGCUUCUUUCGAAAGCCGACAAGCUUUGGUGACGUACUUGCAGCAUAACGGUGGCGGCAUCACGUUGUUUGGUUUUGCACUGGAUCGAGGAUUGCUCCACACACUCUUUGCCUUUGAAAUGACACUGGUCUUGUGGAUCCUAAGCAAAGUAGUCGUGCUUGCCUGAUCUCUCUUCUCUCACUGGGUUGGCCGUGAGAAGCUGCAAUUUGGAUUCACGAAUAUGUACACCAUAAAUGGAUGGCAAAAUUAAAGAAAUCAUGUAUAUAUAUAUAUAUAUAUAUCGGAAUACAAUAGAAAUUCCAACUA